AUGGCUACCCCCAGUGUUCUCGCUUUUGACGCUGAGGGUCGAGCCAUUGACUUUGAGGUUUGGGUAGAUGACCUGCAGCUUUUCCUACAGAGCGAUAGGGCAGACGGUCUCUCCCUCUUUGACCUCACCUCUGGUGCUUCCCCUGCCCCUGCUCCGAUGCCGACGCCACUGUUCGCUCCCAGUGGACCACUCGCGAUGCUGCUGCACGUCUUGCUGUGCGUCGCCACCUGCCUACCACUGAGCGCGCGCACUUUAGUCUUCGCUGACCUCAUUACGCACCUCCGCACUAGUGACACUCGCUACCGCGCCGCGCUUCCUGCUGAGUUCUGCGCCAAGAACCCCCCCCCCAUGUACAUCACUCUCUAUUAUAUAGUCACCCGCCUCCCUGACUCCCUUCGCGUAGUCAGGGACCACUUUCUCUCAGUCUGUCCCACCACUCUCACUGUUGACCUCCUAGAGAAGGCCCUCCUAGCAGCGGAGAAGAGCAUAGUCGCUGUAGGAGCCUCUCGUGGUGACCCUCGCACCCCCAUCUUUGAGGGGUGUUCCCCUUCCCCCCUGUUGCCCUCUGUCGCCUCUGCUGCUGCGGCCGACCUCGUUGGUCUUGAGUCGGUCGGUGCGGCGUCUGCUCCUAGCGGGAGACGCCGCUCUGGCAAGGGCAAGGGGGGCAAGGGCGCCAGUGGAGCUAGCGGGGGUGGUGGAGGUGGCGGUGGAGGCGGCGGAGGGAGUGGGGGUGGCGGUGGGAGUGGUGGCGGGGGUGGAGGUGUCGGUGGCAGCAGCGGAGGCGGAGGCGGUAGCGGUGGGAGCGGAGGCGGCGGUGGUGGCGGAGGUGGAGGCGGCGGUGGUGGAGGAGGUGGAGCUGGUCGGGGUGGUGCUUCGCAGCGGAGCGGCUCCGGUGGUGGUCAGCGCCAGCAGCAGCAGCAGCGUUCUCGGGACAUCCCUCCUCCUCAGCAGCUCCGUGAGUGGUACACGCAGCGUCAGCGUGGUGGGGGUUUUGGCUCGUGCACCUACGUCCUUCGCUCCGGCGACUGCGCGGGUGUCGCUAUCUAUGAUCUUGACUUUGAUGCUAUCCUUGCUGCCAUGUAUGCUGUGACUAUUAGUGAUGAGGGUGACUGUUACCGGUGUUUCUCGCCCGACCCGGGCAUUGGUACUGCUGCGCUAGGUGCUAAUGAGGCUGCUGCUCUAGGUGCCAGCGCGUCUGCGCCCUCAGGUACUGGUGAGGCUGCACUCUCAGGUACCGCGUCGGCUUCGGCCUCCCUCACCUUCACACUUGACUCGCGGGCUUCUCGCUCCUUCUUUCGAGACCGCACCACAUUCACGCCGCUUGGUCGACCGGUUGCAGUCUCCCUGGCAGACCCCUCUGGGGGUCCUGUCCUCUCUCACUUCUCCACUGUCCUCCCGUGUCCGGCUGCCCCCUUUGGCACCUUGUCUGGUCUUUACCUCCCCUCAUUCUCUACGAACUUGGUGAGUGGUGCUGACCUGCAGGAUACGGGGGUUCACCAGUUUACUCCUGCGAGUCAGCGGGUGACCCACUGCUCGGACGCUCGCACGGGCCGGCACCUGGCCACGUUUACGCGUCGGCCGGGGUCGAGCCUCUACACCCAGACCACUAGGUCCCCUCCUGUCCCUGCUUCUGGCCAGGUAGCUGCGUCGGGUCAGGUGUUUGCUGCAGCGUCCAGGUCUGGUCCUGAGUCUGCCCCCUGCUCGUGUCGCCUCCUGUCUCACGAGACUAUCCUGUGGCACCACUGUCUUGGUCACCCCUCCCUGCCUCGUCUCCGAGGCAUGGCUUCCCGUGUCCUUGUCUCUGGUCUUCCCCGGUCCCUCCCUCCCCUUCCUCCAGGGCCUGGUCCUUCCUGUGUCCCCUGUGUCGAGGGGCGGCUCCGGGCUGCCCCUCACUCCUCUCAGUUUCCCCCGACAGAGGCCCCGCUGCAGACGCUUCACAUGGACGUGUGGGGCCCAGCCCGCGUCCGUGGACAGGGUCACGAGCACUACUUCUUGCUGGUGGUUGACGACUACUCACGUUACACCACAGUCUUCCCCUUGCGCAGCAAGGAUGAUGUCACUGAGGUGUUGAUGGACUGGAUCCGCGCAGCUCGUCUCCAGCUCAGGAGGAGCUUCGGCUCGGACUUUCCUAUUCUGCGUCUGCACUCUGACCGAGGCGGAGAGUUCUCCUCUGGCCUUCUGCGAGCCUACUGUCGUGCGCGAGGCAUCUGCCAGACCUUUACGCUUCCGGACUCUCCACAGCAAAAUGGGAUUGCUGAGCACCGCAUUGGCAUGGUCAUGGACACGGGGAAGAUCGGCGAUGCGUCUGCGUUCCGUGUCUGGGGAUCUCGGGCGUUUGUCCGCGACUUGUCUGCGGACAAGCUGUCCCCUCGUGCUGCUCCCUGUGUCUUCCUUGGCUUCCCCCUUGACGCCCCUGGGUGGCAGUUCUACCACCCCACCUCUCGUCGUGUUCUGUCCUCCCAGGACGUCACGUUCGACGAGUCACUCCCCUACUACCGCCUCUUCCCCUACCGCACUCCUUCCCUCCCCCCGCCACCGCACUUCCUUGUGCCAGGUCCCCCCCCAGUAGACCCCCUCCCCCCUCAGGGUCCUGCUCCUUCAGGUGUGUCCCAGGUAGAUGCAGUCGAGCCGGUCGAGGUUGCUGGUGAUUCUGGUACUGCUGCGGGUGCUGAGCCUGGGGGUGCUGACUCUGAGGGUGCUGCGCACGUGGGUGCGGAGCCUGGGGGUGCUGAGUCUGGGGGUGCUGCGACUGGGGGUGCUGAGCCUGGGGGUGCUACGCCUGGGGGUGCUGAGCCUGGGGGUACUACGACUGGGGGUGCUGAGCCUGGGGGUGCUACGACUGUGGGUGCUGAGCCUUGGGGUGCUACGUCAGGAGCUGCUGAGCCUGGGGGUGCUGCGUGUGGAGCUACUAAGCCUGGUGGUGCGGAGCCAGCGGCCGCUGGACCUGCUCGUGUGGCGUCUGGCGGUGCUAGGCCUGGAGGUUCUCCGAGUGCUUUGUCUCGGCGGGAGCCACUCACCCCACAGGAGUUGCGCGAGUGGUUUGCCUGGCGCUGGAGGCGUACUGCUGGAGCUGGAGCUUCUUCGGCCGCUGCGGGUGCUGGUGCCGCCGGUCCCAGAGAUGCUCGUCCUGGGAGUGCUGGAGCUGCUGGGCCUGCGGGUACGACUGGAGCUGGAGCUGCUGAGGGUGUUCGCGCUGAGGCUACUGCUGUCAGUCUUGGCAAUGGUCCUGCUGCGGGAGCUGCUCGUACUGCUGGAGGUCCUGCAGCUGGAGGUGAUGUUGGCGCUGGUACUGCCGUCGGACUCUCUUCGUGCUGCCAGUCCUAG